AUGCCAGAAGUAAAUGACUAUUUUAAAAAAUUUAAUGUAAAUUAUUGGAGUUAUGAUGAAUUUCUCAAAUACUUGACAGCCGAAAAAUGUAAUGAAGAUAUUUGGAUAAAAUCCCUGGAAGCAAUUAGUAAAGAUAAAAACUGUCUUGUUAGAUGCC